CACAUAGCUUUCUGUACUAUAGCAAGGGAAGAGUGAGAGUAGCUUCCAAGGGAGACAUAAAAGAGAGGCAGCAACUACCACCAAUACUUCUACUUCCUCAAGAAUCUCUCCUCUUCUUUUCUAUCCAAGAACCGCUCAAAAGCUCGAACCUUGCGCAAUCUUUUUAAAUCCUCCCGACCAUUUCCUCCGGGUUUGAUUCUGGGCAGAGAUUGCGAGGGGAAAGAUACGAGCUUUUCUUGGCUUCUUUCCCCUGCAUUGGGAAAGAUACGAGCUGUUGCUGUUCUUGGGAAGAACAGCUUGGGACAUUCUUGGGUUGGGGUUUGAUUCCCAGGGGAAGAAAGCAUGAGGCUAUGGUUUCUCAUACCUCUUCUUCUCUGUUUCCCUACAUUGAUUCGAUCCGAGGAUUACUCGGAUGUGACCAUCGUCGUUCGGGGUGCUGAGACGAUCGCUUCGACCAGCAACGAGUUCAUUUGCGCCACCAUUGAUUGGUGGCCUCCAGAGAAGUGCAAUUAUGACCAGUGUCCAUGGGGGCAAGCUUCUAUCUUAAAUUUGGACUUGACUAAUCCUUUGCUAGCUAAAGCUAUCCAAGCCUUUAGCCCUCUACGUAUCAGACUUGGAGGUUCCUUACAAGAUCAGGUGGUGUAUGGCACGCCGAAUUUAGGAUCUCCAUGCACCCCAUUUUCAAAGAGUUCAAGUGGCCUGUUUGGAUUUUCUCAAGGAUGCAUAACCAUGGAAAGAUGGGAUGCUAUUAAUAAGAUCUUUAUGGAUACAGGUGCAGUUGUUACAUUCGGCCUUAACGCGCUUCAAGGGCGACAGCAGAUGGGCAGAGGUGUUUGGGGAGGUGCUUGGAAUUCCAGUAAUGCUCGGGAGUUCAUGGAGUACACUGUUUCGAUGAACUACCCUAUAGACUCAUGGGAAUUUGGUAAUGAGUUGAGUGGAAGUGGAAUUGGUGCAAGUGUUGGAGCUGAACAAUAUGGAAAAGAUAUAAUUGAGCUCAAGAACAUCAUCAGCCAGUUAUAUGGAAACUCUAGGAAACCAUUGGUGGUUGCCCCAGGAGGAUUCUAUGACCAAAAAUGGUAUGCUCAGCUUCUUGAUAUCUCUGGUCCAAAUGUUCUCGACACAAUGACUCAUCAUAUUUACAAUCUUGGUGCUGGUAACGAUCCGCAAGUUGCAAAUAGGAUCUUGAAUCCGCAGUAUUUGAGCCAGAGCUCUGAUACAUUCAGAGAUCUCCAAAUGACGAUACAGCGGCAUGGACCAUGGUCUGCUCCCUGGGUUGGGGAAGCUGGUGGUGCAUAUAACAGUGGCAGCCGAAAAGUGUCUAAUACUUUCCUGAAUAGCUUCUGGUAUCUUGAUCAGCUUGGUCAGUCAGCAAAGUAUGACACAAAGGUUUACUGCAGACAGACUUUGAUUGGAGGCAACUAUGGCCUUCUUGAUACCGAAACUUUUGUUCCAAACCCUGAUUACUACAGUGCCUUGCUGUGGCAUCGGCUCAUGGGGAAGGGAGUUAUUUCCUUAGACACCAGCGGUUCUUCGUACUUGCGUGCCUAUGCGCAUUGCGGAAAGCAAAAGGGCGGCGUCGCGCUCCUCAUGCUCAACCUGAACAAGAACAUGGGAUUCAUGGUCUCAGUCAGAAAUGACCUCAACAUUAAUUUCAGAGAAAUGGCAGGGAUAAAGAGGGACAACUCCUUUGUCCAUGGCCUGAAGAGGACAGUCUCCUGGGUUGGGAGCAAAGCCUCGGAUGGGCUGGAGAAGAGGGAGGAGUACCAUCUGACUCCACAGGAUGGCAACCCUUUUGCCAGGACAGUGCUGCUCAAUGGAGCUCCUCUUCAGCUCACUGGAGAUGGUGACAUCCCUUCACUGCCACCAGUGAUGGUCUCAGUCAAUUCCCCAAUCUAUGUCGCCCCGCUGUCGAUCGCGUUCGUCGUCUUCCCAGAUUUCGAGGCUGAAGGUUGCGAACGAUGAUUUCGAGUUUAGAUAGAAAUAUCAUGAGGUUUUUCUUUUCUGAUGUGAUGAUAUAGGUGUUCUCAGGGUUACAUCCACUGUAAAGAUUUUUCUGUGUUUCUAGUUUUUUCCCCAAUUGGGCUAUAUAUAGAAUAACUUGAUUCCAGUGUUUACUGAUCAGUAUGUAGCAAGCCUGCAGUUCCAUUCCCUUCUAUGUUUGGUUGGGUCACAAUGAAGCACAUUUGAUGUAGUGAUAUCAUGCUCAUGUUCCGCAUACUAUAUAAAAAAUGUACAUGUGAAAGAAAAA